GCGAGGGGGGCGUGUGUGCGCCCGGAGUUCUCCAUGAAUAAGAACCGAAUUCUCCGCCUGAGCAGAGGCGUGUACACAUCUCGCUCUCGUACACACACUGCAGCACACGCCACCCAGUGUCACGCGGCCGGGGAGCCAGCGGGAAGGAGCUGUCUGGAAGGGAAUGGCCAAAGGAACAAAUGCUUCCCCGUUCCCCCACUCCCGCCCCGCGAACCCUUCCCUUCCCCGCCAGGAUCCCGCCCCGCCCGCUCCCUCGGAAGCCCGGGAGGUCGAGGCGCCUCCCGGCGGGGUGCAGGGGGAGAGCAGUCGAGCCGCCUGUCCCUUUGGAGCCCGAGAGGCUGCUGCGCACGGGGCCGGUGCACCCAGAGCUCAGCGCGCUCCGCGGGGUCGCUGGCGGGAGCGGUUGGUUAAUGAUUUAAUCGCCCGCUUGGGGCGGGUGCGCGCGGAACGGCCGUCCCUGGCCCCGCCCCCUCCCCGGAGCGCCCCCAGCCGGGGUUACAAAACUGCCCCCUCCCUCCGGCACGUCCCCUAGGAGCCGUCCUGCCCGCGGGGAUCCGGUCAGUCGCCUUAUGAUCUCUUCAUUGCGUCCCCCUCUGCCCACUAGACUUGGACUUCAGAUCUGACCCCAGACCUGCCGGCUACCUCGGGAGGGCCCACCUCCCCACCCGUCCAGCAAGAUGCCGAUCCUCAAGCAACUGGUGUCCAGCUCGGUGCACUCCAAGCGCCGUUCCCGAGUGGACCUCACGGCCGAAAUGAUCAGCGCCCCACUGGGCGACUUCCGCCACACCAUGCACGUUGGCCGGGCCGGAGAUGCCUUUGGGGACACCUCCUUCCUCAACAGCAAGGCUGGCGAGCCUGACGGCGAGUCCUUGGACGAACAGGCCUCCUCUUCAUCUUCCAAACGCAGUCUCCUGUCCAGGAAGUUCCGGGGCAGCAAGCGGUCACAGUCAGUGACCAGGGGGGAGCGGGAGCAGCGCGACAUGCUGGGAUCCCUGCGGGACUCGGCCCUCUUUGUCAAGAAUGCCAUGUCCCUGCCCCAGCUCAAUGAGAAGGAGGCCGCGGAGAAGGGUACCAGUAAGCUGCCCAAGAGUCUGUCAUCCAGCCCCGUGAAGAAGGCCAAUGGCGGGGAGGGUGGCGACGAGGAGGCAGGCAUGGAGGAGGCCGUGCCCCGUCGGAAUGGGGCCGCGGGUCCCCAUUCCCCUGACCCCCUCCUCGACGAGCAGGCCUUUGGGGAUCUGGCAGAUCUGCCUGUCAUGCCCAAGGCCACCUAUGGGCUGAAGCAUGCGGAGUCCAUCAUGUCCUUCCACAUCGACCUGGGGCCCUCCAUGCUGGGUGACGUCCUCAGCAUCAUGGACAAGGAGGAGUGGGACCCCGAGGAGGAGGAGGGUGGUUACCAUGGCGAUGAGGGCGCCACUGGCACCAUCACCCAGGCUCCCCCAUACGCUGUGGCGGCCCCUCCCCUGGCGAGGCAGGAAGGCAAGGCCGGCCCAGACUUGCCCUCCCUCCCCUCCCAUGCUCUGGAGGACGAGGGGUGGGCAGCAGCGGCCCCCAGCCCCGGCUCCGCCCGCAGCAUGGGCAGCCACACCACACGAGACAGCAGCUCCCUCUCCAGCUGCACCUCGGGCGUCCUGGAGGAGCGCAGCCCUGCCUUCCGGGGACCGGACAGGGCCCGGGCUGCUGUCUCGAGACAGCCGGACAAGGAGUUCUCCUUCAUGGACGAGGAGGAGGAGGAUGAGAUCCGCGUGUGAGGCAGGCAGUGGGUGGCCGCCCGGAGCUCUUGUCUGCAUCUUCUCCCUGCCCCUACCCCACUAUGACCUUUGACCUUGUGGCGUGGCGCAGGGGCAGCCAGGACCCUUGCUUCAAACCACGGACCCUGGACCUUGUAGAUGAGGGACACUGGCCUGGCCCUCGGGCAUUUGGAGGACGUGGGGGGCUGGCAUGGGUGCUGACUGGCUGCCUGACUUCAUCAUGCUCCCUGCACUCAGGCAGCGUGGGACAAGGGCUGUGUUCUCACAGCAGGAAUCGGUUUUCCUCUCUUGGCCUCCCUUUCCUCCACCGUGGCCUCAAAUGGAUGCCAGAUGCCAACCUGAGUUCCUGCCACGUGCAGCCAGCGGGUCAGCCCGGAGGCAGCCUCAGCUCCAGGGCUAAGGACACUCGACUCCCCUUUUCUCUGCUGGUGUUUCUGCUGUGCCCAGCGGUGGCUGCUGGGGAAGCAGCUGCGGCAGGACGGAGAUGGUCUUGCCUCUCAGCCCCUCCCUGCUCCACCCCAGCUCCUGCCCUGGAAAUCUGGAGCGCCUUGGAGCUGAGCUGGACCAGGGGACCAGCCAUGAGCACGUGCACUAAACGCAGCCCUUUCCAGGGGAAGAAGAGCAGGAUGGGAAAUGGAAGGAAAGCCCCCACACUUCGUGAAUUGCAAGAAGGGACCCUUCCAGGAUGACACUAGGAACAGGGCUAGGGCACUCACUCAGUCCCUAGGGGCUUGUGUGUUCUUUAUUAUUAUGUAUAAAUCCUUAUAGAGCAAUAUCAGGAUGGUGUUAAUAGGUCUGCCUCAGAAGGAGAAUCAAUCCUUUUAGAAAACCUUUAUACUAAACCUCUUCGAAAUUCACAGUGGCAAUUAGCAGACUGGAGUCUGGGGACAGCCGUGGCAAAGACACCAGCUCAACUUUAGUGCUUCCCAACGUUAUUUAGAACGACACGGGGUGGGUGUCUGGUGUGUGUUUUCCCUACCCACCCCCCAUAGCUAUCAACAUCUGAGGAAGGCCAGUGUAGAACAUUUUUGGAGAAUUAUUAUUUUUAAAAUAAUAUAUCAUUCCUAUGGGGGGAAGCUUUUUUUUUGACUGAGUUAUUCUCUCCCUCCCCUCAACACCCUCAGUACUGACUACUUCCUCUUCCUUUCUCAGGCCUCCCCCCAACGACUUUUGAGGCCAGGGUUGCCAGAUUUAGCAAAACCAAAACAGAGUGCUGAGUUAAAUGCAAAUUUCAGGUAAACAAAAGAUAAUGUUCUAGCAUUAAUAUGUUCCACGCAAUAUUUGGAACACUUAUGCAAAAAAAUGAUUUGUUUUUCUGAAAUUCAAGUUUCUCUCUGAGUCCUGUAACUCUCCCCGAGGGAAUUGAGCAGAAGCUCGGGUGUGAGCCCCGAGGUUGACCGUCAGUUAUUUUUCUGUCCUGGGAACAGCCUGACCCACCUCCCUGUCUCCAUGUAGCCGGUGUGGGGACGGGGAGAGACAGAACCAACCACAACCAGGGGCGUCCCCACGGCGACUCUGGCCUGGCCUCUCCUCUCUUGCCUGACUCAAGACACUAACUUAGUUCCUGGUUCGGUGCCCUGUUGGUGCUCCUGUUUCUAAUAGCUUAGGUCCCACGGUAGGGGAGGAACCGCGGGGGCUGUGCCAGCCCCCGCCAGCUGCCCUCGAAUCCUAUCCAGGCCAGUUCCAGAUUCUUAACUGAAUUUUUUCAUGAUAUUGUCAAAACAAUGAGGAAACAUUAAAAAAAAAAAAAAAAAGCCCCAAAGCA